UCUUCCUCACAUGCUACGGCAGAUUUGGGAAACUAUCAAAAAGCAUGCCAUACUUCGCCCUGCAACCAAGGGAUAUUGUUCUGUCUGCCACUAUUUUAGUGUUAGCCGUGAUAACUGUGGCUUUCUAUGUUCGACUCUCCCCGCAAGUCUACAACCCACCCCAGCAUCCCACCCAUGGGCCAAAGUAUGGCCACCCCGGAAGUAGAGGUGCAGUGGCAUCUGAGAGCAGAAUAUGCUCCAGCGUUGGGAUCGAGAUUAUCCGGGAGGGCGGAAACGCUGCAGAUGCUAUGGUAGGUACUGUCUUCUGUGUGGGUGUAAUCGGCAUGUAUCACAGCGGGAUUGGAGGCGGAGGCUUCGCGUUGGUUCGAAGUCCGAAUAGCUCGUAUGAUUUCGUUGACUUUCGCGAAACUGCUCCAUCAGCUGCAUUCGAGGACAUGUUCGUAGGAGCAAUAGAGUCUUCUCUUCACGGUGGAAACUCAAGCGCAGUCCCGGGUGAGCUUCGCGGCCUUGAGUACCUUAGCAAAACCUAUGGACGGCUUCCCUGGAAACGAUUACUACAGCCAGCCAUCAAAAUAGCCCAGAAUGGGUUUCCAGUCGGUGCCGAUUUGAUUCGCUAUUUGGACUACGGAGAAACCGACUUCCUAGUCAAAGAUCCAUCUUGGUCGCAGGACUUCGCACCUAACGGCACUCGAGUAGGUGCUGGGGACUAUGUGACUCGUCCUCGAUAUGCGCGCACACUCAGCAGUAUCGCCGAACAGGGUGCAGAGGCUUUCUAUUCUGGAGAUAUUGCUGAGUUGACAAUAUCAGCAGUUAAGAGAGCUGGGGGAAUUAUCAGCAUGAAUGACCUGGCCUCGUAUUCUGUCAGGAUCCGCGAGCCUUUGACGAUCACGUACAGGGGCUUCAAACUGACCGGAUGCGAAGCACCUGCCAGUGGAGCCGUGACACUCAGCGCUAUGAAGUUGAUUGAGGGCUAUGACGAUAUUGGCACACCAUCGUUGAUGAAUUUGAGUACGCAUAGGAUUAUUGAAGCAGUCAAAUUUGCAUACGGCAUGCGACCACACCUUGGAGAUCCAAUCUUCGUGAACGACUCGAGAAUAUAUCAAGCACAUAUGGCAAGCGCCAGGACUGCAGUCCACAACAGAGCCAAAAUAUCGGAUCUGCACACUCUGUAUGCAUCAGAAUAUGAUGCAAAAGGCUUCCAGACUCAUGAUGACGAUGGCACAUCACAUAUCGUGGUAGCUGAUGGCGAAGGCAUGGUAAUCACCUUAACGACAACCCUGAACAACCCAUGGGGAUCGUAUAUCAUGGUCCCUGAAACUGGGGUCAUAUUGAACAAUCAAAUGAACGACUUCUCAGUUCCUGGUAUAUCAAACGGGUUUGGAUACAUCCCGGCUCCAGCUAACUUUGUACGCGCCGGAAAGACUCCACUGUCGUCGAUGAGUCCAAUCAUAGUCGAACACCUCUCGAAUUCAUCUUUCUACUUUGCAACGGGCUCGGCCGGUGGAUCUCGGAUAAUUACCGCCGUGGUUCAAAUUUUAUGGAACGUUUUAGAUCGCGGUCUUGAUAUCAAAUCAGCAUUAUCCACGCCUCGCUGGCAUGACCAGCUCAAUCCUUAUCAAACUCUCUUUGAGUACACGUACGACAACGCAACAGUCGAGUUCCUUGCUCAUCGAGGUCAUAACGUUACAUGGGUAGCACCUGCUUAUUCUGAGUCCGAGGCCGUGCGAAGACUCGCCAAUGAUACCUUUGAGGCAGUGACAGAUCCUAAUCUAGUUAACGGGGCCGGCCUUGUCAUUUAAGAUGCGGGCUGGUUUACCACGACACAGAGAGGGGAGAAAUAAAAUAAAUUUUGGGCCUCGGAGAACUCUCUGGAUAUUGUAAAAGCGGUAUUGCGACACAAUGAACGGUACGGUACCGCGACGCACAGAGAGGAUAACGAUCAGAGAUGAAGGUUACAUUAUUAUAUGAGGAUUCGACUGGAAGAACAGGAAGCAUGCAUAUAUCCCGCGCAUGCUGCAACUAAAUGUUUAAUGUACCGACAAUGCGAGAUUGCCUGAUUUAGCCUUUAAAUUGCCUACUGCUCUC